AAUGCAUAUUUACUAUUGUGAUGCUGAUACCUCCGACAGCAAUUGAAGGUAACAUCAGAGGGGAUAAAUUGCAGGCGCAAAUGCUGCAGACAGAGUACAGGUUGAGACUACAUGAUGGUGCAGCUGUACUGUUGGGGAGACAGCUCCAGUGGACAGUUCGGUCCACAGACAGCCCUCAGCCCGGUGUCCUGGUCUGUCCCCGGGGUUAUCACUGACAUCUGCUGCGGGGACCAGCACACUUUACUGCUCAACGGGGAGGGCGGCGUGUUGUCAUGUGGAAACAACUCUCAGGGACAACUUGGACGAAAGAACCGUAAAGAUGGGAGAACAACAGGUCGUGUGGAGGGGUUGGGCAAUGUGGUGGCCAUAGCUUGUGGUCAGGACCAUUGCCUGGCUGUGUGUGCAUCUGGAAAGGUGUUCUCCUGGGGGGCAGGAGAGGACGGACAGAGAGGCCUUUUACCAAAUCUACUCCACAACAGACCAAGUCAUGUGCAGAUGCCACUGCCAAUACCUGUGAUUCAAGUUGCUUGUGGAAACUCCCACUCUCUGGCUCUGACUAAAGGAGGCGAUGUCUUCUCGUGGGGUUUGAACAGUCAUGGUCAGCUGGGCCUGGGGAAGGAGGUGUCGCUGCAGUUUGUACCUGACCUGGUGCGCGCUCUGAACGGCGUAGCGGUUACCCAGGUUACGGCCGGAGCGACCCACUCCCUGUUCCUCACACUCCCAGGCCUGGUAUACUGCUGCGGGGCCAAUAAAUCUGGCCAGCUGGGUCUCAACAGGGUGGAUGAGAAGGGCAGGUUCAACAUCUGCAUGGUACCCGCCCUCAGACCUCUGGGUGUCUCCUUCAUAAGCUGUGGAGAAGCACACUCUGCUGUGUUAACUAAGGACAGUAAGGUUUUCACUUUUGGAGAGGGAAGCUACGGUCAGCUCGGUCACAACUCCUCUGAUAAUGAACUGAAACCCAGAGCUGGUGGGAUAGGGGGGGAGAGUGGUUUGAUGGACCGUGCACACACAGUUGCCUUGGGGCAGGGCGAAAAAGAGCAGGUGUUUUCAUUUUAA